CCCCUCCGCGUCCAUUCCGCCCGUGGGAAGGGAAGGGUAGGGAAGAGCAGCGAGCCGCCGCGCCGCACCACCGCCUCCUCCUCGUCCUCCCGCUGCUCCCCCUCCCCGAUCCGAUCGCCGCCGGCGCGGCAAUAUUUGGAACUCUCGGCCCCGAUCGACCCAUGCCGUACCACUGAGAACCGAUCCCGCCGCCAUCCGCCAUCGUCAUCCCCGCCGACCGCCUCCGCGUUUGAUUCAUCGCCCCGUGGAACCUGCACCGCCCGAUUGGAUAGAGGAGGUGUGGAGGAUGGCUUCCGUUGCCGCCGACCCGCACGCUGCCCUCGCUGGCGCGGGGACGCCGCCCCACGGUAGUCCCGUCGCGGCGAAGAGGGCGGCCGCCACCGCGUGGAAGCGCCCGGAGAACGGGCCGGUGCUGGUGGCGCCCGGGAGCCCCAUCAUGGACGCCGACUCCUGGCCGGCGCUUCCUGGGCUGGCCUCUCCCCAGCCGCCCACACCGCCCAAGGCGUCGCCUAAGGCCGCUCCUCCCCCUUCCACUGUGGCAGCUAUCUUGCCCGUGUCCUUGGACAUCUCCGACGCUCCGGAUGCUACCCCUGAUCAGGAUGCACUGGAGACAGUGAUUCUACCGGUGUCUUUGGACAUCUCUGGCGCUCCGGAUGCUACCACUGUUAAGGACGACGUGACCAGUAGUCCACCAGUCCGGCGUGUGUUGAUGAUGCCUGCAGGGGAUGACGGGCCAGAGAUGCAUGCUCUUAUUCCAGAGCAAUCUGUAGGAUACUCUCCUAAUGCCCGGAGCAAUGGUACCGGCGUUCAUCAUCAGAAUGGCCGUUUUGGUUCCCAUCCUCAUGGCCGAGGUGGCAGUUAUGGUGGGGGGAGCAGAAGGGGUAAUGGUGGAGGUGGUAGUCGCCAUGGUCAUGAGCACCAUGGUGGGUUUGAUGGGCAACGGCGUGGUGGCGGCCGUAGAGAUGGACAUGGGCCAGGGCACCAGCAUCGAGUUCACCAGCCAUCGUACAUUAGGGCUCCUCCUCCUCUGGCUGUUUUAGCGGCGGGACCUCCUGCGCCACCAUUUGCCGGCCCUGCCACUCCACAGACACCACCUUAUGGAACUGCUGCUCCACAGACACCACCUUAUGGGGCGCCUAUGGGAUUCCCUGCAGAGAUGGCACCUCAUGUUUACUAUUUUGCCGUGCCCCCUUCGGAUGGUCUUCAAGCCCUUCCUUUUGCGCCUCCUCCACCAACCCCUCCAGCCAUGCUAAUUUCUCCACUGGAACAACUUCAAAGGGACCUACUGGUGCAGAUAGACUACUACUUUAGUGAUGAAAAUUUGUGCAAGGACAUAUUCUUGAGGAGACAUAUGGAUGACCGUGGUUGGGUGCCAUUAUCCUUGAUUGCUGGCUUUAACCAGGUCCAAAGGCUCCUAUAUUGUAUUGGACAAGUCAAAAACUUGACUAAUAGUUUACAGUUUAUCUUGGAUACAGUCAUGCAGUCUACUGUGGUGGAAGUACAGGGUGACAAAAUACGGAGGCGUGCAAGAUGGGAGAUUUGGUUGCUUCCCAGACCAAAUUAUUCUGAUGGAAAUUCUUCUGGUUCACGUUCCCCCGUGACAUCCAACAUUGAUUCAUUGGCGUCUCAGCUUCAAUCUGUUGGACUUGAGGGGACAUACUAUCCUCGUGAAGCUCUCCUUACUAGAUCAGCAACUUCAGUUAGUAUAGGCUAUCCACCUACCUUCAGAGGACUACACAGCAAUGGCAGUGGGCCUAUUUUUGGGCAGCAGACCGAGAGAAGUUUACUCAGAAGCGAUACCUUUUGAUACACAACAAAGAGAUGCCGAGUUUUCACUGGUUACGGCAUGCUCAACUCUUCUACUUCGGAUGAGGAAUGAAGAUCCAGUUUGUUCGGAAAAAGGGAGCAUGAAAACACCAAAAAAAAAUUAAAAAAAAUGUAGAUGGACAUACAAAAAAACCAAAAAACAGAAAACUAUAUAUAAAAAAGAAUAGCAAGUGCUAUGUGUGACUUCUGAAUAUUUCAUGGGUGAGCUUUUGCUUUUUCGGAUAUGUGUGUUAUUAUGUCGGGUUUCUGCUUUAAUGGACAGUUUGUUCUCUGUCUAUACUCUGUUAUCUCAGACGUCAUGACUGGUACCGUUCAGGCCUGUUGAGACCAGACAAUUAUAUAUAUAAAAAAGACAUUUCUAAUA